CUUAUUUUGAAACACCAUUUUCUCUCUCUACCCCUCUUCCCUCCAUUAUCUUCCCGCCUCCACCCUCUCCCUUAAAUCCCCCUCCCCCCACUCUCUCUAUCUACUCACUUUCUCUCUCUACAUUUCCCUGCAAAAUUCCCUCCAAUUUCUCUUCACUGCCCUAACUACUGCUUUCUCUCUCUACACUGUCCUCGCAACACCUUCAUCCGUCAUGAACCGCCGUAUCAGAAGGUCAUCUUCAAAGAGAGACGAAGGUUAUCUCAGAUACCUAAAACCAGGAGCCCUAGCUCAACUCAGAGACUCGAGAAUCAGUGCCAGAUCCCACCGAGUCGACUCACAGACUCACAUCCCUCUCCACCGCUCGCCAUCACCGCCUUCCUCGUCACCCGUACGGACGGCAAACGCCGUUUUGGCACAGAUCUCGACGAUCGACGGCUUUCCUUGCUUCUCCGGGAGGAUCUACGGUCCACGAUGUCCCCAGAGGAAGAAGCUCGUGGCUGCCAAAUCUGUAUUCUUUCUGAGUUCGAAUCCGUCGAGUCCAGUGUCGGAUUCGCCUGAUUCUAUCAUCGAUUUGUUUAAUACUGAUAUUCUUGUUGCUCAUUGAAUGAACUAGUUCAAUUUGUGAACAUCUUCGUUUUUUUUCCUAAUGUAGGUUGGUUUCUAUCUGUAGUGGAUUAUAAUUUUCGCCUUCCUAUAAUGGAUUAUGUGAAAAAAAAUAUGUUAAUUAGAACUGAAAUCAAUAAUAAAAUCAUUAAUUGUUCCAUUACA